AUGAAUAAGGGUUUGACUCUCUCAUAUUCUAAAUAGUCAACUAAUUUAAACCUAGAUUAAUCCACAAAUCAAAUAGAUUCUCCUAUUUUAUAGUUUCUCGAAAAAUAAAAAAAAAGAAAUAUCUUUUACAUUGGGUUUAGAGUAGUUGCUGUUUAAAUUUAACUAAAACAUGCAUAUUAUUUAGUAAAAUAAUUUUAUAGAGAUUUUAGAUUGAAGUAAAUGAAUAUGGAAAAAAGUGGAUAAUGAGAAUUCGUUUUAGUUAGUUAAUAAAAUUUAAGAAAAAUUUGUGUAAAAAAUACUAAAUAAAACUCACUCUUUCAUCAAAUUUUGUCUUUAAUUAAUUAAGUCCUGAUAACAUGAAAAAAAGAGCAUAAAAAAUUUAAUCAUUUUUAAAUUAAAUAGGGGUGUAAAUUAUAAAAAUAUUAAAGGAAUUUUAUGAUUCUGAAUUCUUCUUAUUGCUAAUAGUUUUUAUAAGAGUAAAAAUGUUUGGGAAAAAUCUUGAUAGAUUACACAGAAGAAGAAAACCUUUAAUUAUAAUCUUGAAUAGGCAUAAUAUGAUUAUGUAAUGUAUUCUUAAUAAUUUUUUAUCUUUUUUAAUUAUAUCCUAUUAUUUUGAGAUAAGUAUUUUAUUAGAAUAAAAUUAUUGUUAAUCAAUCUCUGCUAAUAAUUUCAAACAUGUUUUAAUACAGAUUAAAUCCAAAAUUGUCAAAUUAUUAGAAUCAAUUAAAGACAUCAUCUUAUUUAAGUAAAUCAUUUAAAUCUUUAAAGAAAUUUCACCUGAAAAUAGAAGUAACUAGUUAAUCUAAUAAACUAGACAUUACUAAUAACAAUUAAAAUAGAUCAUUAACUGCUUUUAAUCAAUAUAAAAAUACAUCAAGGUAGUUGCUAAAUUAUUUGAUCCAAGGUGAUAAACACAAAACUACUUCAAAAAUAAUAAAUUGA